UGCGCCGGUGUGGAGCUUGGCACUUGACAGACUUCUCCAGCAACGAUUUGUAUUGAUGUGACCAAAGGCGAGUGAGGUGGAGGCUGACCCGUGCGCGGUCACACUGCGCAAUACCGGAGGGCAAAGUUUGCCUGCUCUGAUCUGCAGCUUGUGACUCGGAGGACUGCUGUGUGCGGCAGGAACCAGGGCUGAGCGCAGGGCUCGGGUGGUGCGUAUGUCCAAUAUUAUCUUUAAUGAAUGCUGCCGUGUAACCGCCGUGUUUCAGAACGUACUCUCUGGCGUGGGCCUCCGCCUGUCCACUGCACUGAUCCUAGCCAUGGGUGGGAGUCUGGGUUGCCACCGCUCCAUCCCCAAAGACCCCACUGAUUUCAGCUGCGGCAAGCGCAAAUUCAGCGCCGCCUGCAACUUCAGCCACAUUCUGGUGAAUCAGGAGCGGCUGAACAUUAACACCGCCACCGAGGAGGAGCUCAUGACUCUGCCGGGAGUUAAUCGCACAGUUGCGCGGAAUAUCGUGCAGUACCGGGACUGUAUCGGUGGCUUUAAAAAGGUGGAGGACCUAGCGCUGGUAAGCGGGGUCGGGGCCACCAAGCUGGAGGUGAUCAAACUGGAAAUCUGCGUUUCUAGCAGGACCAGUUCUUCCCAACACUCUCCGUCGUCACUGCGCAAAGACUUGGACUCUCAGUUCUACACCGGGAUGAACAUCAACACCGCCACCCCGGCGCAGCUCAUGAGCAUUCGAGGUAUCACGGAAAAGAUUGCAAAGAACGUGGUUUCGUAUCGCUCGGAGCACGGCCCGUUUAAAAGCAUCGAGGACCUGGUAAAGGUGAAGCACAUCAACAGCUCGCUGCUCGACAAAAUCCGGUUCCAAGUUUUCGUGGAGCGCUCCCGGGCACCCUCCACCAACACGAACGCAGGGCUCCCCGGCACCACCAAGUGUCACCCAAGCCCCUCUUCCUUUAGUCUCGGCAGCGACGACUUGGACCUCCCACCUGGAGGCCCGACCCAGAUCGUCUCUGUGCGGCCGAAGGUGGAUCGCCCGCUGGGGCUCCGGGACGGGAAGCCCGUGGUGCGCGUGGCCACCUGGAGCCUGCAGGGCUGCUCGUGCGACAAGGCUAACAACCCGGGGGUCAGGGAGGUGGUGUGCAUGACCCUGCUCGAGAAUGAUAUCAAGUUACUGGCAGUGCAGGACCUGCUGGAGCACGAGGCUGUUGAUAAGUUCUGUGCAGAGUUAAAUCAAGGAACACUUGCCAGCUUACAGAAGUGGAAAUGGCCACGAGGGCUGUGGAAAAGUGUUGUGUCGGAAAAACCCACCGGACAUUCCAGCAAGGGAGUGAGCUACUCGGGUUUUUUGUGGGAUAGCUCAUCAGGAAUUGAUCUGAAGGAUGCCCUCGUCUUGGAGUCUCCUGCUGCCAAUGGAAAUGGGAGUCAUAUACACCAUCCACUCUAUAUGGCUCACUUUUUAAUCGGUUCAUUUGAGCUGACAGUGGUGAACGUCCACAUGCAAGCCCCUGCUUCACCAGAGCAGUCCGGUGGCAAAAACCAAAACUCUGAUGAAGCCAAGUGUCAACGCCUCCCUCCCAGCAUCCAGGGAACACUAAAAGGUGAAAAGGAUCUACUAGUGUUGGGCAAUUUUGGUUGCUCUCCUCAGAGCUCAGAGCUGGACACACUGAGAAAGGAGAAAUUCUGUCCCCUGAUUCCAUCCACUCAGUUCACCAACAUCACCACCUGCUCACCACAGGGCACCCGCUGCUUGGACAACAUCUGGGUCAGCCGUUCCCUACAGAAGAUAUAUUCAGGCCACUGCAGGGUGGUUCGGGAAGGCUUAACUAACCCCUGGAUCCCAGAUAACUGGUCAUGGGGCGGUGUGGCCUCUGAUCACUGCCCUGUGUUUGCAGAAUUUUAUGCAGACCUACCUCCUAAGGAGCUUAGCAGACCUGGUAUGGCAGUGGUGGACAGGGGAGACAUUCUGCCCAAACAUGAGCGGUGACAUCAGCUGCAGUCAAGACAGAACUGGAUGACAUGAAAAAGAUUUGAACCUUUCAGGAUUCUACUUUAUCUGGGUUUGCUGUGGUGCAGUUUCCUACAGAAUGUGAAGAAGUGCCAAGAUUGCCUUUUGGGUUUCAGGUUAUCAAUGUAAAAUCGUAAAUGAGAAAUAUUCAAGCCAUAACAAAUGUUUAGACAAAAAUAUGAUGUAUUUUAAAAGAAAUGUGCCAAACAUUUUAUAUAUGUAUAGAAAAAUAAAAAUAAAUUGAUAGAUGUUCAAGGUCUGUACAAACUCUUAUUGAUACAGUUUAAGCAGCAUCUGUAUGACCCUGCUCUCUUUAUAGGCGCUGCUGUGUCCUUCAUCUUUUAUAUUUCACUGGAGAGUAAGAUUCAGUCUCAGCUGCUGAGCUCAUGAAGGCUGUGUGCUUAAUUAUAAAGUGAAGCUUGUGUGCAUGUGAACUGCCAUACUUCCCUGAGAUGGCAAUAACAUUGCCAGGCACAGUGACAUCACAGGGCAUUGCUGCUGCCCUUAAAACUGGUCAUUAACCACCUUCACAAUACUGCUUUUGAAAUUAAACAGCUGACUAACACAGACUUGCGUUAUACUGCUCAGCACGAUGCACACACAGUGUUUUAAAAGCACUGUUUAUGUGCACGGACACCUUUCUGGGCUGCUGUUGCCGACUGGCUCACCUGGCUCUUUCAUUCUGCUUUGGCACACAUCGCUGUUCUCUCUCAGCUCCUCUCUGCCUCCACAUCCUGUGUGCUGCUCAAAUAGGGGAGGCAUGAUCUGAUGAUGAUCCCUAACUGCAUUGGCCAGCCUCCUCUGGCACUGCCCCCUGAACCCACUGCACCCCCCCCUUCUUUUUGUUGCCCUGUAACGCAGAAGACAAAGUGGGGGAUAUGGUAUAUUUUACCACAUGAGCUUUGAGCUCUUUUUCAAGUCUUACUGACCUUAUUGACCUUACUGACAAAGCACUUUACACAGCAAUCAAAUCAGAAAUUGACUCUAAGCAGUCAUGUGAUCCCAUGACAGCAGAGAUGAGCUAGUGAUGAUUGGAUAACUCCUCAUGAAGUGAUUAAUGUGUUGCUCAAUAGUGAGACCUGCUGGAUUUAAAAAGUUACUGCAGCCAACCUGGAGAAAGAACUUGGCCCAUGAUUCUGAUACCAGGAGAUCAAAUCUGUGACAAAUAAUCCUGUUUAGAUAACCAUAAAAUACAAAGUGAAGUGCAUGUAUUCCAAUUAAUUUAUUAUAACAAAAUGAAUAUGGUUGACUAAUACAGUAUAUCUAAUAUAUCUGUUUUGUAAUGGUCUAAGGAGCUUGGAAAGAAGAAUAUUUUGUGAUGAAGUAUAAGUGAAAAGCAUGAAAUAAAAAUGAAAGUUUUAUUAAGGAAAUAUAAGUGCUUGUCACAGUGGGAGUGAUUGUACUUGUGUGUGAGGAGGAGAAGGUUUACA